GAUGGGGGCUGUGGCCUGUGGCGACUUUCGGGGCGGUAGGUGGUUUCGUUUCUUGCCCUGUUUCUGGGUGCAGAUGGCUGGGUCUCUUCCCCUGUUCCUGUCCGCUUCCCCACCCCUCUUCUUUCUCUCAACUUUUCCGUAGUCUCCUCUCUUUUGGGAACCAGCUGGAGACAGGGAAUUGUUGAAUCUCUCUCUCUCUAUUUUCCUAUUGACGAAAAGAUGGAUUCCAUUCCAAAGUCCAGAUUUUGCGACAAGGAGUCUUGAUUCCAACCAUUAUCUAUUAGCCUUUCAGUCUCUUUUAUCUUUGGUUUUCAGCUUACCAUCCUAAAACAAUAGUUUUGCUUAAGGUUCUAUAUAGGAAUGGGAUAAUUGAGGCAAAGAGGAGGUUUUGAUCAUAAAAAAUUAAUCAUUAGUUCAGAAACUGCCUUCUAAAUGGGUAAUGUUAUUAGUAGUGUCCCGGACGUAGAGGGGGAGUGCCAGCAGCAGGAGAGAGAGGGGCAGGGUUUUAGUUCUCACUUGCAGGGAAGUUCAGAAGAUUUGAUGAGAAAUAGCCCUCCCCAGAGCCCCAGUGGUGCAGCAAGGUCUCCUCUGCUCUUCACUCCUCAGACCCCCAUGGUUCCACUGCAGAGACUUGAAGAGAUGCAUUCGGCAAGUGAUUCAUGGAUGCAGAAUUUUACCGAGUAUGAGAAUGUCAUCCAUGACCAAGGAAUUCCAACAAUGAUAACCUGGAGCCAUGGUGGCAAGGAAGUCUUUGUGGAAGGAUCCUGGGAUAACUGGAAGACAAAGAAACCAUUGCAAAAGUCAGGGAAGGACUUCACAAUUAUGAAAGUACUUCUAUCAGGUUUCUACCAGUAUAGAUUUAUUGUUGAUGGAGAAUGGAGGUAUGCACCUGACGUUCCCUGGAUGCAUGAUGAUUUAGGGAAUGCUUAUAACAUUUUAGACUUGAAGGAAUCUGUUCCUGAGGAUAUAGAAAGCAUUGCUGGUUUUGAGGCACCUCAGUCACCGGACUCAAGCUAUAACAAUUGGCCACUUGGUUCGGAGGAUUUUGCCAAAGAGCCACCAAGUGUCUCUCCACAUCUGCAUCUUACCCUUCUCAAUGAACCAGCCAAUAGAGACAGUCCCUCCUCUCUCUCAAGACCUCCACAUGUAGUGCUGAAUCACCUCUACAUUCAGAAAGCAAAGAGUGGUCAGCCCAUUGUGGCCCUUGGUGCUACCCGCAGGUUUCGAUCCAAGUAUGUCACUGUGGUGCUCUACAAGUCCUUUCAGUGAUAAUUACUGAUUGAGUGGAUGAUCACAGAGAUUUAUGGACUUGGGAGAGUGAUGUAAAGCAUGCUCAUAUAACCAUGAUGAAUUGUGCCAAAGACCUCCAAAUAUAGGGGAAGAAAAAGAUAUAGGAACAAGGCUGAUAUCUGUACACAUGGGGAGAGCAAUCAUCAAAUAACUAUAGUGAUAUUGGCUAAAUGUUCAGAGGAGAAUAUUUUUCAAGGUUGUCUCUUUACUAAGUAUUGGCUUUUGUGGUGUAUGGCAAGUUGAUUAUGAGUUGAAAACUAAUAAUAAAUAGAUGAAACCUAAUCCUCUCAGUACUAUGAAAAAUUGAAGUGAUGAGAUUGGGCAUAAAAGGAUUACUAGCAGGAUUUUCCAGAUUUCACCUUGUAAAUGUUGUUGACACUUAUCUCAACUUAGAUGCUUAUGUUAUUAGCUUGCUAAUGGAAUUUCUAAAAUAUUUGUGCCUGAAAUAUGUCAUAUUA